AUUAUAGCAGCUUCAAUUGAAGUCAUAAAAGUUUAAGCAAAGCGAAUCCCUCCUUUUUUAUCAAUUCUAUAAUUAUCUUCAUCAACCAUGGAAAACCGCCGAUCCCUUUCUCAACCUCUCCUCUCCUCAACCUCCGCCGCCCCCACCACUCCCACUUCUCCUAACCUCUCCAAUCACGCCGUCCUCCUCCGCCUCCUUCUGGUAGCCGUCGUCGGACUCACUUCACUUUGGGCCAAUCACGAAGCCUCAAAAGGCUUCGACAUAACAAUUCUCAACAACGCCAAAGGCUCCUCCGCCGGUCAACGUUUCGAUCUCUUCUACGUUUCAAAUGACGAAGCCACGCGCCUACUCCUCAACGCCAGUAACUUCAUUCAGAAUCUGAUCUACCCUUCACAAGACCUCCCAAAGAAGAUAAUCAAAAGCGUACAUCUCACGCUCUCCCUCCGGGAUCUCUCUUCUAAUGUCGCCGUCGAGCAGCUCGACGGUGGAGUUGACUUUGCCGUCCAUUUGAGCCCUUCUAUUUUCAAUGACACAAACAUGAAUCACGCCAUGUCAACGGCGAUUCUCAGAGGUAUGUCGCGCGUGUGGUUAUGGAAUGGAGAGGGCCACGCGCCGCCCUCGCUCCUCGACGGAAUGGUCGAGCAUAUCGUCGCGGCAGCCGGAUUUGUCGAGAAGAAAUAUUCCGGUGGGGCCGUUGGCACGUUGGCGGCAUGUGAGCCCAUGUGGUGGAAGGAUAAGGACCCUAUGGAGAUCGCAACGUUUCUUGAUUAUCAUGAAAGACAAGGGGAGGGUUUCAUCCAACGGUUGAAUCAAGCUUUGAGGUCCAGAUGGCAGGAUCGGACCGUUGAUAAUGUGUUGGGUUUGCCAGAUCAGCGCCCAUGCGGUUCGUUCAACACAUCCGGAAGCCUAUAGGGCAAUGGGUCGUCCACAUGGGUCAAUUAUUCCAAUCCAACGAAUGCAGUGCCGUUCUUGAACUGCCACGUCGGAUGGGGUUGUCUUUCCAAAAAAACAAUCUCUUCUACUUUAUUGUUUCUUUUUUUCCGGCCAUUUCGUCCUUACAAUUUUUUACAUUUGUUUAUAUAUUUUUGUAAGCUCCGAAUUGCACAACUUUGUGUUAAAUACUCGCAUUAAAUUAUCCUUCGACAAUGUGUAUUAAUUUCGGUUUAAUAUAGUGAUUAUAAUCUCUUA